AUGGACAAGACUGUGUGGCUUUCAAGUACAUUUACAAAGUACUAUUACUAUCAGCCUCCUAGUCUGCCCUGGCAGCCACAACUUGGAGGUAAAGCAACCGGGCUCUCCGCACUCAGUGAUUGGAUAGCUCGGCCUAGUGGGCGCCUCCCAGGCAUUUCGGAAGGCCAUCGGUCGAUCAUGGACCUCCCCUGCCCAAUGGGACUUGAUCAUCAAGUUGGAGUCCGUGAGCAUGGGCGGAACCACCACGAAGCUUGCCAUUUACAUCGGGAUGUCGUGAUGGGGAUCCCCAGAUCUGAUGAUUCAUGGGGAGUCGUCUAG